GGAGCGGCUCCCCGCACGGUGUUCCUGAGAGGCGGAAGGGCGGAGGGGGCCGCCCAUGAUCACCGGCUGUUUGGGGGCUCUCUAUGUUGAGUGCAGGUGGUGGGUGGUGGUGGUGCUGGCGUGGUGCGGCGGGUGAGGGUGGUUGGUGCGGCUCUUCGGCCCCCUCCGUCGCAGCCAUGAUCCACUACACCCUCGAGCCGCAGUUCAACGCCCUUGUGUUCUCCGUGUCGGCCCGCCACGAGCGCUUCUCCCUCCUCCCAGACCCAUUCGUUUGCUGCUCCCAUGGCCCGCCCGCCGUCGCCACCGACCUCCUGGCGUAUCUGCACACGGUGGGGGUCCAGCUGGCCGCCCUCGGAGACCACUACGCGUGCCUCCUCACGCAAGUACGGGCAGGCAGCGUCAUUUUUUUGGUGGGCGUGGGGUCGCUGGUGUGCUGGAAGCUGUGGGAGCACUGGCGAAGUGGCGCCGGCAGCCCCAGCAUAGCGCCGCCCACGCCCUCUAACUCGCCCGCGCCACAACGACCACGAGGCCUCCUUGCCUCACUGCUGGAGGAGGACCUCGUGCAGGACCUUGACGACUACGACGAUGAGGACCCCGCAUUUAUCCACUUGCUACUGGACCUGUCGCGGGAAUACGUGCGGCGGCUGGUGCUGGGGAAGUAUUUCGGGCCGGACAGCCCGUGCGCCGAGGAAGUUGCGGUGGAAGAUGGAUCACCCAUUACGGACCGUAGUGAGGCGAGCUGCAGCGAGGCACGCGGUCAUCAUUACCUCGCUGAUGCCAGCAACUCCAUAUCUGCUGGGGAUGAGGCACAGUCAUCAAGUGAAAAUAGUUUGCCCACUGAUGGGGAAUCCGACGCCGAACUGUUCCCAGGCACCAAGAGGCUGGUCAAGAGGAAGCACCGCACCUCUGAGCUACAGAGAAACCAGAUCAAUCACAGGCAAUGUUCUCCGAGGCCUCGCUCACACCCCAGUUCCGUGAGUGGUCGUCGACACAAGGCUGAGGCCAGAAUUCCAAGCGAAGGUGUGGCUCACGGUGGGCCAGCAGGGCAUGGUCAGCAAGCAGCCUGGCUCUCCUCGGAAUCCUCACCAGAGUACAGCAGGGGCGGACCACGGGGCCAUGCGAUACCCCGCCACCAGGCUGACUGCCCUGAGACCCCAGAUUCUGAGGAUGUGAUUGAGAGAAUACGACGCCAAGUGCGAGGAAGUCAACAUGGGAAAAUGGGAGAGUAUGAUGGCCAUUGGUCUGCUCAUGGCAGGGAGCAGCCAGAGGGGGAGGAAGCCCACCCUGGAGGCAGCAUCUCUAGCGCAUCUCUCAGCGACCUCAUGGACAAGAUGCGUCACCGUGCUGCUCGUGGCUCCAUGUCCCGUGAUGCGUCCAUUGCUUCCAACCUCUCAGAGCUGGUCACUUCACCAUUGGGCAAUAAGCGCUUCUUCAGGCGAGAGGACUCUGUGUGUUCCAACCUGUCAGGCGUGUCAGACCUGGCACCGUCCGAGUGCUCGGAGAUGUCCUUGGAUGUGUCAGUGCAGGAGGAUCUGGCCAACGGAACAUUCACCUGUUUCAACAACAUUGAGCAUGAGCUGGAUGACCUGAUGUCCUCCAUGAUUGAGAUGGAUGAAGAGGUAACAAAGUUUGUGGCCAGGCCUGACCCAUACAGCUUUAAGACCACCUUCACAGACAACUCUGUAUGCUCAGGGGAAUCUCGUCCCAGCUCAGCCAUGGAGAUCCUCUCUGUUUAUCGCUCUCGGGCUAACCUCAAGUUAGGUCUUCAGGCUGCCAAACCCAAUGCUUCAUCGGACUCUGAGGUAGUGGAGGCUGGGGUAGCUGACGCCUCCAGCAGUUCUAACCAGCUCAUUUCGGGGUCAGAGGCUGAAGGGUCUCUUGAGUGGGACUCACCCCAGCAUGGAUGGACCAGCACCCGUGCCCCGCCACUCUCCAAGCUCACAGAACUGCCCUCUGAGGACACAGAACCAUCCCGCGCAUCAGUGCAGGAUGAUGCCAUGCCAUCGCUGGAGUGGGACAAUGGGUGCCUCCGCCAAUAUAAUGAUGAGGCACCUCUCCAGGAUACCAACGAGCAAGUGCUCCAGUCUGGGGCGCAAGACAGCUUGACAGAGCUGGAAGGCUUUGAGGAAUAUAAGAUUGAGUUUAGAAGACAUCAGCUGUUGCCAGACCACUCCUCAUUGGAGCUGGAUUUGGAAGAGGAGCUUAUGUCUCCCUCUGGAGGGGUGGAAGACAUGGCUGCUUCUCCCUUCUGCAAUGCUCCCAUGACCAUCUCCAUUGAUUCAGCCAUCCACUCAGGCACUGGCUCCCGCUCUGCCUCCUCUAGCCCGGUGCCCCUGGGCAUGGGCCACUCCUUCCUCAGGUAUGCCUCUCGGCAACCUUCCCCUCAGGUGCAUGUGUUAGAUUCUCCCUGUGAACCUCGUUCUCUGUGGCAGCCGUGUCUCAAGUCUACCCCUAGAAUGGGUGAGUCUCGGCCUCCUCCCACAGGUGUGCGUAGCUCAGAACAGGUGUGUCCAUUUACCAACCAUCUGUGGUCUAGGUUAACCUUUCCUGAGUUUCUCUCGCCGAAGCCGGCUCUCGAGGUCACGGAUUCAGAGGACGACGUCCAGGAAGAGCUGAGCGGGACAGAGGGUAUGAUCCGACCAUCACAGAAGAGGCGUCGGUUGGAGAACUCUUGGCCGCUGAGGACUCCCUCUCCCCCUGCCUCAGCAGACGUUUCACCCGGUGUCCCCCACCCCCCACCGCCUUCCUCCGUGAGCGAGGAUGACGAGAACCCGACUUCUUCAUCCGUUCUGUUUGAUUGGGUACCGAAGCCGGCGUCAAUUGGCUGCCGGACCAUCGACGGGAGGCUAGUGGUGAUUGGUCGACUGCCGAAUGUACAGUGGGGCUCCAUCCCGGGCCUGGAGGUGCGCCGCUUUACCGAUGAGGAGAGGAGGGAUUCCUACCUCUACUGCCGGAUCCUCCUCUCCAAGCAGGAUGUCCUCUUUAAGGUUUCAGUGGUCACCCCGACCGACGCUUUCGACGCUCUGACCUCCCUACUGACCGAGCCCAAGUUGAUCAAGGAGGGCCUACUAUGUGUUGAGGGCACACAGGAGGCCAGGUGGCUGUCGUUGGGCUCCCCUGGCGGAGGGCGGGGCUGGACCCAGCAAAAGUUUAGAGUUCGGGUGCCGUUAAUAGGUCACAAGGCCCUUCUACGUCUUGGAACCCGGUUCCGGCUCUCCCAGCCUCUGGGGGCUUUCAACGCGAAGUGGCAGACUUUCUCCGGGGAGACCAGGCUGUCCGCCAAGGACCUCCCGUGGCAGGCUAAACCUGUUUAG